UCUUCUCCUCCACAGGAUCAUCUCCUCAUCAUGAGGACCACUCACAUCCUCCUGCUCUGCAUCGUGGGAGCUGCUCUGAUCUCUGCAGCUGUCUGCAGCGAUUUAAAGGCUCCCGACGUUUGUUGCUUUGAUCUUUAUGACUGGAAGAUCAACAAAAAGUUCAUAAAGUUCAUCAGCUCGUACUUCAUGACUGAUCCCCGCUGCGCCAAGACAGCAGCCGUUUUGGUCACAGUUAAAGGUCGUCGCAUCUGUGUUGAUCCGAAUCGCCCCUGGGUUAAGAACGUCAUUUCUAAACUCGAGGCGUCUUCGUUUUAA